AAUUUUACUUUUUCAAAAGAUUACAAUAAGUGUUGAAAAUGGAGACAGAAAAAAAGAAGUGUAGAUUUAGUUCUUUUGUGAAAUAUCUAAUUACAAAUUCAUUCGGUCUCUUCGUCCUUCUUAUGCUGUAUGUAGUUGGCGGAGCUUACCUAUUCAUCUACCUGGAGCUACCCUACGAGACAGAGCAGAAAAAUAUAAUGCUGGAUGAGUCUGACAGGAUGAAUGCUAGUAUGGUGUUUAUUGCUGAUUAUUUGGCAGGUCUGCACCAUGAGAACAAGGUUGAUAUGGAUAAUUGCACUACCUUCCUCUCCAGCCCUUACUACUCAUACCAUGAAAAUUACGCUAAGGCUUGUCCUGCUUUGGCGUUUGAAGAUCCAUUUUGUAUUUGCAUAAAGGAGUUAAGAAGCAGAUAUUAUGCCGAGGCUGAAGAUAGUUUAAGGAAAACAAUUGAUCAGAUUCUGUUUUUAACCAGCGAGUACGGGUAUGAAGGACCUGGGACUGAAUGGCAUGACAACUGGAGUGUAACUAACUCCAUGCUUUUUACCCUUACUACUCUCACUCUUAUAGGCUAUGGACAUAUUUGCCCUAAAACCUUUAUGGGUAAGCUGAUGUUAAUCCUCUACAGCAUUUUUGGGCUUCCCCUCAUGAUGGUGUUUCUGGCAAAUAUAGGUGACUUCAUGGCCGAUCUUACAAAGAGAACUUACUCACGAAUUGCUUGCCGAAUGUGUAGAGUUAGAAGACGCUACUCAGAGUUGGAAGAUAAGUAUACCCCAAGCAACAAGAUAUCAAAUGAUAUUGUGGGGAACGAAGAUUACAUGCCCUCAGACGAAAUAAAUGUUCCGAUCAUCAUUUCACUACUGUUUAUGGGCUCCUACAUUGUGUUUGGUGCGUAUGUGUUCUCUGUUUGGGAGGACUGGGACUUCCCUAGUUCUUGCUACUUUGCAUUCAUAACACUGACUACUAUAGGAUUCGGUGAUUAUGUUCCUGGCAGCAGUUUUACUGGAGAAUUAACUCUUAAUCAAUUCAUAAAAAUGACAUUUACAACAUUGUACUGUUUGAUGGGACUGGCUCUUAUUUCAAUGGGAAUAAAUUUGGCAUCUGAACAGAUUAAGAUCAAGGUAAUGUGGAUGGCUGAACAAACCGGAAUGGCAGAAAAUGAGCAGACAAGGAAAAAAUACUUGAUAAAAAAAUCUAAAGGGGUGAAGGAAACCCCUGUGAACAAGAUGGGGAAGAGGUCCUGGUGGAUCAAGAAGAAACCAGCGAUGAAGGUUGAAGACCUUGAUACACUGGAAGAGGUGGACGAGGGCGGAGAUGAGAUUGUGGAUUAUUAAAUUAAAAUAAGUAUUGAAUAUAUAGUUAGUUUUAUCCUGGAAUAAAUAAAUGUAUUUUUUAUU